AUGAAGCGACUUGUCCACACCGUCCAGUAUUAUUCCGGAAUGUUGAUGCUUUUUGUGCUGCUGCUGCCGAUUCCGCUGCGGUGUCAAGGAGCGGUAGCGUCAGGCAGCACCAUUUUUGUAAAUAGCAUAGUUUCGACGAUAAGCAACGUAAGUGUUAGUGUACCGAUAAGUUCCGAUAACAACCAAGUGCCUUCGGUGGCGGUGAUAUCUGCACCCACAUCGAUAUCACCCGUUUCACCGUCGUCGUCGGUGACCGCUUCCGCGCCAAGUUCCGACAGCUCAACUACAUCAGCGUCUGCAGGAUCUGUAGAAUAUAGCGUUCAGGACCUGACAAAAUCACUAGAAACUACAUUUGAUCAUAUCCGAAAUGGAGAACUGAGUGUUCCUAAUGUCCAGAAACUAUACGACAACAUGGAAAUCAUAACAACGACUCACAACGAUGCCGAGUUGUUGGAAAAAAUCGCUGUCAGGCUAACUCGGAAGCUCAAUCAGACAAUAUCGGUGAUCGAACAACUGCGUCGAUUCAUCCAACUCACUGGCAGCAGCUAUGGUGCAAAGUACAACACACUCAUCAAUCCCUGUCCCUACAGCGAACUCAUAAAUCCAUGGGAAGAUGAAGCGCCGUUCGAUUUACAAAGCUUCAUUCAGAGCACGAAACUAUCAAACGUUUCGCUGAGCAGACCGUAUUCCCCGUCCGGUGAUGUUUUGGUCAAUACCAACGGUUCCAACAACAGCGUCGCCACCAGCGGUUUCCUAGAUUUCAGUGCCUUUCCAACGAAUGCGGAUUCCGAUCGGCCAAGAAUACGCAUUACCGAUCAAACUAUCGAUGAUAACAAUGCCAACCUGCAGCAGCUGUUUACAGAGCACAGCGCUCAAAUGGAUGAGAAUUAUCUGAGCUACCGGCAGCAGUUCUACCUUUCUUCGCUUGAUCAUGCAAGCGCUUACAAAUGCCACUACUACCCAAGGGACGGCCGACUUAAAGCACUGUUCCUAUCGGCCGUUCGAAACAAACAUGUGCUGAUUUUGCUGGACGUCGGAAACACAAUCACAUACGACCAGCUCGAGGUAGCCAAAGCCAUCAGCAAGUUCGUGCUGUAUCUGCUCAACGAAAACGAUCGUGUUUCGAUCGUGGCGAUCGGACAGCGCGUCAUUAGUUCGGACGAACUCCUCGACUGCCGUAAACCGAAUCGAUUCGUACGCGCAACAAUGGACGAAAAGGAUCGAUUGGUGGAUUUUAUUGAGUCUCUCAACCGAACGAAACAGGCGACAGAUCAUUCGGCUGGCUUCCAAUAUGCGUUUGAUGCAUUCUCCGACAUUUAUCGGACGCACGACGACGAAGUUCCAGUAGUUUUCCUGUAUCUCGGUCGGGCACUGUUACCACCGGGCUCAUCUGCACCAAUAACCAUCCUGCAAACAAUCCAUGAAGGUCAGACACGACUGCCCUAUCCGGUCAUUAUCAACAGUUGCUUAAUAUUGCUGGACGAGCGUGAAGUCGCACACGAGAAGCAGCUUAUUGCGGACAUCAGCACACAGAACUACGCACGGUACAAUCUCUCCCAGGUCAUCUAUCCCGCCGGGAAGAUGGUAAUGAUAUCGAAACAUUCAUUCGACGCCCAGCGUUUCAUCGUGGCUUUAAUGGAACCGUUUUUAAGCGCGAGUCGCUUCAUUGAGGAACAUCUGCGUAUACACUUACCGUACUACGAUCCAUCGCUGCACGAUACCGUAGUUACCGUUAGUUACCCUGCUGGGGUUCACGGUCUUGUGGGAGUUGAUCUUUAUUUGAGCGAUCUGGCGGAACAUGUAGCAUACUAUCGACAGCAGGAUGAUUCGUAUGCAUUUCUGAUCGAUCUGCAGGGCAACACGAUUAUGCAUCCAUCCUUUCCGAGGCCACUGUCAGCUCGGGGAAGCUUUUAUAUAACCAACAUAACGCGCCUCGAACGAGAACAUUUCGCCCCGGCAUAUAAGCGGAUGUUAGCCGAUCCGGAGGGUAACUUGCGCAUCAAUCACUACGGCACGAACCGUACCACCAUGUACUAUUGGAAACGUGUAUAUUCUUACAUCGUGUGCAUUGUACGAAAGCUUGGUGUAGAUUCCGACAACUCGUUAAAUGUGGAUGAAGCGCACACUUCUCAUACUCCGGUGCAGUAUCUGCAUCCAUUGACGGGAAGCAGCGAUGGGCGCAAUAGUGUCGAAUACAAUUUCAUCGCUGCCAGCAGUAUCACGACGAGGAAUCUUCUCUCGACAUUGCUUUAUCACCGUAUUGAUAUUUUUCCGCCUCAACUGCAACGACCGCCAGUGGAUCUGCUGCAAUCGGGCGGAGAUGGAACGCUGUGUCGAUUGGUGAAACAAUUAGCCAUUGUUGACGCCAGCACACUCUAUCUGAGUUCCUCUUCGUUCCAGUCCCCAUUUACACAUAUUCGCAACAACCGGGACAGCACUGGUGAGGAAGUUAACGUACGUACUAUACAAAACAUUAUGGCCUACCUGAAGGACACGUACGGCAAGCUACUGUUUGCCAACCCAGGUCUGCAGUCUGAUGUACGUAGUGAUGUUUUGGCACUUUUGCAAAUACUGUACGAUUACCAAGUCCGACACGCUCAAAGCAAUCUUAGCCGGUACAUCGUCAGACGUUAUGCCGCUACCGUUAACGGUGUGCUGCAGAUGUUCCCCGGUGGUUUGCUCGAUACUGACCUAGAACCAACGAAGCGGCCAUGGUUCGUAAAGGCAAUGGAAUAUCCGGGCCGGUUGGUGUUUACCCAACCCUAUCUCGAUGCCGGUGGUGCUGGAUAUGUGGUGAGUGUCGCUUAUGCGAUAUCGGAAGGGCGAACUAGUACAGCGACCAGUAACACCGCACAUCACAAAGCAAUCGCCGUUGUCGCAAUGGACUUUACGCAAACGUUCUUUUACAAGUUAUUGCUUGAUUCGGCAUCUGUUUGUAGUAUGGAGAAUAUAAAAUGCUUCCUUAUGGAUGAUCGUGGCUACCUGGUAGCACAUCCGAUGCUUGCUGAAGCACCGCUACGAUCUGGAAACACCCGCCGUCCAGUUGAACACAUAACGCACAAGGAGUCACAGGUCGCCAACGACAUUCUCAAUCACAAACAGCUCGUCACGAAGAAAAUGUGCUACAACUAUGUUAAUCGAACGGUGCAGCGGUUCUAUCAAUUUAACAUGAGUCUGUCCGCAGAGGACGUCAUCACCAAUCUGAUGUAUGGGGAGAAAACAAAGUACCAGAUCGCGCUGAUUCCCAGUACGAAUCUUUUCCUCGGUAUUGUGAACUCCACCAACGAUGGAGGAGCAUUUUGUCCUUGCAGUACGGUUGGUAACUCAUGUCUUAACUGCAACCGGAUGGAACAGACUGAGUGCGAAUGUCCGUGUGAGUGCCCUCUAGACUAUGGCGUUUCAGAACUUGAAGGAAGCUGUGCAACUCAGCCCAAAAGAACUAAAUCUGCUGGUAGUUUCCCGGUACCACUUUGCUCUCCAUUGCCCGAGGAGUUAAUAUCGAUGAGUGCCAUCAAUUUCGAAGCAGACUAUGAGUUGAAGAGUUGUACAAACAUAAAUUGCGAGGACUACACGACGCAAAACGAGUGUAUGGGUUUGGUCGGCUGUGAAUGGUGUCAGGUUGAUGUCGAUGGUGAAAAUCGACUCAAUACCCCAUUUUGUACCGCCCAGCUAGCCUGCUUUAAUGGAAUAUUUGGAGCACCCACACCGUACGGUGAUGCAGCAUACACCGGUAACAACAUGGAGUCAAUUUUGCCACCCGCCUACAGCUCGAUCGGUCCUGUUGCUGGUGCUAUUCUUGCACUUUGCCUUGUGGUUGGUUUUGCGAUGUAUUGCUUCCGGCAGAAUGCUGACCAAAGUGGAGCUUCCGAGCAUUUGUAUGAUGAUCUCGUCGCAGAUCACUGCCACGGUUUGCCGUUAUCGCGAUUCGAUUUGGAUGACGGUAGCCCGUCCGAUGAUUGUGACAUUAGUCGUACGAAUGCGAAGCAAAAUUUGCUACUAAACGGGCAGCAAAACGCGAAUUACAUGAUUAUUCCAAAUGUAGCCUCACCGUAUCAGAUGUCGUCUGACUAUCGUCGCCCGAACGGUGGUGGUGGUGGUGGUUCGUCCGACCAUGGCUACUCUACCAUGACGCACCAUGAAGAAUCGGAGCAUCUGUGCUUGUCCAAUGUGGAUCCGCAGGGGAUUCCGUCCGGUAGUGGUGGACACGGUACCGGUGUUGGUAACAAACGACUCUCAAUGUCGGACAGCGCAUCCAUCAGCACAUCCGUUUCGAGCCCGUACAGCAACCACACGGGUGGUCCCGGAAGCUCCUUUAUGUCGAAGCCGCCGAUGCUUCAUGAGUCGAAAAUGAACGGAACGACGCUCGAUCGUUUUGGGGACCCGGCCAUGCAAACCUUGCUUCCCUCGCCUACAUCCAUUUCUAGAACGGGUAUACUGGGAACUACGGUUCUACCGCCGGGAUCACCCGUCUCGACCACAACCAGUGGUCAUCACAUCCUCGUCCCUGUAACCGUCCAUCGGAAUAUGGAAGUGUCCUAA